AAAAACGUAAAAUAUACAUUGUUUUUUAAAUUCUUAAAGAUUCAAUUUAGUUUUUUUAUAAAUUUUAAUUCAAUAUCAAUUAUUAAUCAAAAUUUGUAAAAGUAAAUUUAGUAGAGAUAACAAAUUUUAUUGAUGAAAAUCUUACUAUUUUUUUAGCUAUUUUUGAUCAUAAAACUAGCUUACUCAAUAGAUUUAGAAAGAUUAAAGAUGUAUAAAUAAAAGGAUUAGGAAUAUAUCUAAAAAUAAACUACCCAUAGGAAUAACGAAAAGUAAGAAUUGUAAGAUAUUUAUAGAAUAAAGGAUACAUUAUAAAAUGCAGAAGAAAAUUAUAAGAAUUAUAUGAGCUAAAUGAACUUUCCAUAAGUAAAUUAUACAUAUAAGGAUAUACCUAGUGUAUUUAAUGACAAGCUCUUAUAAUUUACUGACACAUAAAAAUUUUUUGAUGCUUUUAACAGCAUGGUAUAAAAAGAAAUUUAAUUUGAAAUGGACAUAUAGAAAAUGAAAAAGAGAUAAUAUUAGUUAAGAGAAGUCAGCUAAUAGAUCAUGGAGCAUAAUAUCUUGAUCCUUAAAAAUUAAUCAAAUAAAUUGGAAUAAAUAGUUAAUAAUUUUAAGAACCGUUUAGAUUCUCAUAAAAAAUCUGCAAAAAUGGAAACACAAAAUUUACAAACCAACAAUAAAUAUAAACUUAUUAACUUAGAAGAUUUUAUGGCAAGCAUUUUUAAAGUAUACAAGCACAUAUCUCAUCAAUAGGAAAAAUAUUUACAUAAAAAGAAAGAUCUUAAAUAAUAAUAAAUUGAUUUUUCAAAUAUGUCUAAAAUGCUUGUCGACUCUAGCUAAAAGAAUUGCAUCAAACUGACUCAACAAAAAUUUAUUGAAACAAAAAAAAUAAUCCAAUAAAAAAUAGAUAGCGGAUUAUCUUGA